CGUCCCUGCCCAGUAUAGUCUGACGUUUUGGAGCUCAGGCAGAACCAACUCCUACCCUUGAAGAAGAAAAGGAAAGGAAUGGGGGCCAAACACUCAAGGGCCAGCUCCAAUGACAAGGACCCCAAGAGACUGCUGCUGGGGAAGAGACAGAAGUUCUCUUCGUGGGAUGACACCCUGCUCUUGGGGAGGGAUCCACGGUCCCUGCUGAAGCGUGGCAUGCGACAUGUCAGCUUCAGCUUGGUCACCAAAGGAAUGACGGACGUUCCCGACUUUCUGUGGGGCUUGCUGGAAGUCCAGAAACUCAAUCUGUCCCACAACCAGAUCCGAGCCCUCCCUCCUGAGGUGGGCAGGCUGACCCGCAUUGUGGUCCUGAACUUGUGUGGGAAUCACCUCAAGAGUCUCCCCAGAGAAGUCAGUCUCCUCCAGAACCUCAAGGUCCUGUUCCUAAACAUGAACUGCCUGGCAGAGGUGCCCGCUGAGCUCAGCCUGUGCAGGAACCUGGAAGUGCUGAGCAUGUCACACAACUGCCUCUCCCAGCUCCCGGCCAGCUUUGCAGACCUCUCCAGACUGCGGAAGCUCAAUCUCAGCAACAACUAUUUUGCUCACAUUCCCGUCUGCGUAUUCUCUCUGAAGGAGCUGGAUUUCUUGCAUGUGGGCUCCAACCGCCUGGAGAACAUUGCGGAGAGCAUCCAGUGCCUGGCUAGCUUGCAGAUCUUCAUUGCAGAGAGCAACAACAUCCACUCCUUCCCAAGGUCACUCUGCCUCGUCACCAGCCUGGAGCUGCUGAACCUGAACAACAAUGACAUCCAGACCCUGCCGGAUGAGCUCUACCUGCUUUGCCGACUGAGGAGGAUUGCGUGGAAUCCCAUGGACAAAGGCUUGCACAUUUCCCACAAUCCCUUGUCCAAGCCCCUGCCGGAGCUGGUGGAAGGCGGGCUGGAGAUGCUCUACAGCUACUUGAAGGACAAAAAGCACAAUUGAUGUGGGCGGCGGAUGCACGGACAUCAGACACAUGGACACCAGUCAGUUCACGUGGACUCUGUCAGCUGGGAUACUUUCCUUGUCUAAGCGGUUCAGUGUUAGUGUGUGUCAGUGCUGGGCUCCUAUU